CUUUCACCGAAGGGAGGAGAGCCGCCGGUAGCGGAGAGGCACGUUGGAGACUUCAAAUUAGAUUUUACCUGAAAAAGGGAAAAGGGAUUUGGGGUUUAGAGAGAGAAAAACUUUUUAAAUUUCCAUUUGAAAUCCGAUCACACCUCUUAUGUUUGAACGGCACGUCUUGGAGAACUCGGGAAAAUGGAAUGAAGAUUUACUAGUAGCAAGUAUAUUUGUGUUUUAUUGAAAUUAACAAACGUUGGAUAGAAAAACACUUCAUUCAAGAGUCGGCAGAGCCUGCUGUGUAAGUGCCCACAGCAGGCCCCUCGAUACCUGUUGGGGUGACCUGCCACUAAUGCUACAGCACAUUCAAAGACGUGAAAAUGGAAAAAGGUGUACAGAGGUGGGCUGUUAACAUAUCUAACUGGAAACCUUCUUCGCAUCAUUUCUCCGCUGCCAUGUCUGUUCUCCCCGACCAUGAACAUUCCUCCAUUACCAGGUUUGUGAAAUUGGAGGAUCGAAUACGAGCCCUUGUAAGUCGGCUGCUGCAGUAUGCGCUGGUGCACAAAGUCUUGGGGAUUCCAAUUCAUGACAUCACAAUCCGGCGAACUCCUGAGGGCAAACCCUUUUUGGUGUCAGAUAACAUGAAGCUGAGAUUUAAGAAUUUCAAUUACAAUGUAUCCCAUCAUGGUGAUUAUGUUGCAAUAGCAUCUGAACCUAUAUGUCUUGUGGGGCUGGAUAUAGUCUCUCAUUUCAUCCCUGUAAAUGAUUCGGCUGGCGAGUUCAUAAAUAGUUUCUUGCCGUACUUCUCUAGUUCAGAAUGGUGUCAUAUAUUUAAAGCUGGCUCCUCUGAUGAGAUGGUAGAAGUAUUUUACAAAUAUUGGUGCCUGAAGGAAGCUUUUGUGAAGGCCAUCGGCUCUGGUGUAGGGUAUAAAUUGGACAGUGUUGAAUUUCAUCAUGAAAAUUGGGAUAAUAUAUCUGUCAAAAUUGGUGGGAAAGAGUUAAAAGAUUGGAAAUUUUGGCUUCUGGAAUUGGGACCAAAUCAUUCGGUUUCCAUUGCCAGAGGCCAUCCCUUGACCUCCAUCACGAAUCAAAUUGCAACACUAAAAGGGAUCGAAUUUGAUGAAAAGGAGUGUAAUAUAGGUCUCCAUCUUCCAAACACAAGCUUUCAGUUCGUUACAGUACAUGAUCUUCUUCGAUUUUGGCAUUCUACAGCUAGUGUUUGCAUUAUAUCAAGAAAACCUUGUGCUCCGGCUGAUUAGUGUGAAACAGAGAACUGUUGUCCUUGUAUCAGAACUUUUGAGUAACCGAGUUUUAUGGUAUUACGAGAUAUGAGAGCUAGGUUUGGCCAGAAAUAAUGAUCGAUUUCAGAAUUAUUCAAGCAUGAACUGAUAUAUUUUGUUGAUAGUUUAAGAGAAUACUCUUCAAGCAUGAACUGGUAUAUUUUGUUGAGCAGAACAAGUAAUUUUUUUUUUUUUUUUU